UGGCGGUGGCCCCAUGGCUGUAUGAUGUCCGGAGGCGGUGGAGCUAUCACUACGGCGGGCAGGCGCGAAACGACAUGGUCCAAUCCGACGGGCGACGACAUUGUGCAAGUGCUGGGCGACGUUUGGUGCGCGGAGCGCCCGUUUGUGUGGAACGGCAUCGACGUCGGUGGGUGCAGCGCCGCUAUCAACCUCUUAAUCAUCAUGCUCGUGGUACAGAGCAAACGCCUGGAGGUGGGGAAGAAUCCGGGGGUUUCAAGGUUGAUGUGUGUCUUGAUGACAACGCACACGAAUAUUCAUCUGGCAGAAGUGAAGGGGGGUCGCAUGGCGGUGGUGAAGCUCUCCGACGGCUCUCUCUGGGUGCACUCCCCUGUGGACCUCGACGAGCCGCUAAAGGAGGCCCUUGCCAGCCUUGGGCCAGUGGGACACAUCGUGUCACCCAACUACGAGCACGUGAAGUACGCGAAACAGUGGGUGGAGGCCUAUCCUUCCGCUAUAUCGUAUGCGUGCCCCGGGUUGGCGGGGCGGCAGCCGGAAGUCGGUUUCACCAGGGAGGUGGGGGCGAGCAUCGAAGACGAAAGCCUACCCGAGUGA